AUGCCUACUACCAAUCAAUUAAUUAACAAUCCGCGAAAACCUAAGGUUAAUAAAACAAAAUCUUCGGCUUUAAAAACUAGUUAUAACUCCCUUAAAAAGAUUCAUUUUCCGGUUAAUCGCCCUCAGAUUAGUGGAAUUUGUAAAAAAGUAGGGACGUUAGGUCCAAAGAAACCCAAUUCAGCCAACCGAGCCUAUGCUCGGGUGCUUUUAAAAAACAAAAAAGAAAUCACGGUUCACAUACCGGGAGAAAAACACAAUUUACAAGAAUAUUCUUUGGUCUUAAUCAGUGGAGGCGGAGCGCAAGAUUUACCGGGAGUAAAGUACUCGGUUAUUCGGGGAUGA